CGGUCAAAAUCAAAACAGCAACAACACGAAACAAAAUAGACUCUGAAAAACGUGCAUCGGGUGUCUAAUUUUGUGCUAACUCAGCAAAUUUUUGUACAUAUUUCGUAUUAAAUAACAGCGACCAUGAGCAAGUUAGAUACAACCAUACGUGGCUCUAUCGUUGCCGAUCUAGAGGAAGAACUUAACCAGAUGCAUCGCGAUUAUUGUGAUCCACUGUUAAAUCGCUACGACCGUGGCCCAGGAGCAAACUUGGAUGACCGUCAACAGCCGGGUGCGUUAGCAGCAGCCGCAGCGGCAGUGGCAGCUGCUACCGAGUCUAGUUUGGAUGGUGCUGGUAGCCAGGAUAUGCCUACCGGUGACUCUCCUGCAGUACGUAUUCAUCUGAAAAAUACCCAGGAUCUAACGGAAGAUGGGCUUAUGUCACUUUGUCGGCCCUAUGGAACGGUUGUUAGUGUACACAAACCGAGGGAUAAUGGCAACUACGCUUUUGUUGAGUUUGCUAACCAAAAUGAAGCAUGCUUUGCCAUUCAGGAGCUGAGCCGAAAACUAGGCUUUCAAUUUUAUCCUGCUUUCGCACACCAGAAGCAAUCGAUGCCCACUACUGCUGACAACUUUCCUGCCCCUCCUCCACCAUUCGAACCUGCUCCAGGAGAAAAGCUAGUGCAAUCCAUUGAGGCUUUUGGCGAGGGCGAGAAUUGGGAGCACACGCUAGCACAAAGACGAAUCAAGACCGGGUUUUCGAUCCCACUAAAAAUUAGGUACCCGAAAAAGAAUUCGUUAGCAACAGCAAAUUUCUAUGCAACCAAAUCGUCUCCGCUGAAUUUCGUCGAUUUUGAUCAAAUAUUUAGCAUUGUUACGCUGCUAGACAGUGCCGAUCAGGGCUUGAAUGAAAUACACGUAAAGAACAAAGAACGACUUGGAAAUUUGAUGCAACGAGCGGCGGUUAAACCAGUCACAUUGAUCGAAAGUGACGAAAAUCGCCUAACUUACGGUUUUAGAGGUUUAUCAGCCGAGCAACGAAUUCUAUUUCCAGAAACACGUUGUGUUGCCUGUGGACAACGAGGAUUCUUCAAAUGUAGCAUCUGUGAAGCUUCUUAUUGUUCGGCUCAUUGCCAGCAAGUUGACUACGAAAAACACCGCGAUGUAUGUCAUCUGAAAGGCGUGAAGUUGCGAUCCUCUGUAUCAGGCAAAACAGACAAAGCUUGUUUUGAGGAACUAGACGGCUUAACACAGGAAAAGUUCCCCAAAGAUUCCCAUGUAACGAUCCUAUCGGUUCUUUGUCCGGAGCGAGUUUUUGUUCGAUCCCUGGAAAAAGAAAGCAACAUUAGGUAUCUGCAAACGUUAAGUGAUAUGGCGAAAUCGGGCUUGAAUGCUGCAACACUUUCCGAUCCACCAGAACCGGGUAACAUCUGUUUGGCCCUAUAUCAACCGCUGAAAAUCUACGCUCGCGUCUUGAUUAUUCGAAUGAUCAAAAAAUUAGCGCACUGCGUUUUCAUAGAAUACGGGUUGGUAAAGCUGAUUCCCUUUGAGGAACUUAGGCAGCUCAACAACGAAGAACUCAAAAUGCGUAAAGUUCGUGUACACAAGGUCCAUCUCAAAGAUAUAACUGAUGAGUACGGUCACAUUGAAAAUGCUAUGAAGUAUCUCAACGGUCUCAUCAAUAAACCGUUAGAAAUGAAAUCCCAACUUGAAGGUGGUAAUUUGGUUGAUGCUCAACUGCGCACGAUCGAAGGAAUAAGUGUUAAUAAACGCAUCAAUGAACUCAUUACCAUACCUAUAGUUAAAGUAAUCGAGGAUACGGAAUCUUUCAUCGACUACAAAAAGGUUGCUCACAAACAACUUCGUUCGAGCCCCAAACAGGAUGUUAUGAUACUAAACCGUACCACGAUCAAACUGGAUUUUCGCGUCACUUUGAUUGCCUACGAAGAUCUCGAGUAUCUAGAGGACCUGCAGCAAAAGUUGCAAUGUUACGGCAAAAAAGUAGAAAAAUUUACCGAACAUUACACACCGCGUCUGAACGAAUUAUGUCUGGUGAGAAACAUGAAGACUUGGUACAGAGGUGUCCUACUGGAAUCCGUUGGUGAUGGCCGUCCUUCGGUGUUCCUGUGCGACUUCGGUUGCUUGAUAAUGGCUAAACUGGAGGACAUACGCAAGAUACCGCCGAGUCUGGCUACCGAAGUUCGCACUACCGACGCCAAAGUGUUCGGCCUGGAGGAGGCCGAAAAAGCUGGCCUGAAGAUUGAUUCCGAGUUCCUGGAUAUCUAUCUGGAAGAGAACGAACGGAUGACGGUGCAGGUCAGCGAGGAAACUGAGUUUCUGGAAUUCGCUGAUUUGCCAAAGGAGGACACGACAACACUCUCGGUGAUUAAGGUGCCUGAUUUGCUCCGUUUCAUCGAAGAUAGGGCCGAUUCUGGCGAGUCGUUGAACCAAUUUUCUAUUUCGCACGAGCAAACCGUACCUAGGGUUCCAAGUGGGAACGAAAUGUACGCUCGAAAAUACUGAGAAGGUCGAGCUCAGUUUAGAAUGAUGAUUUGGUUCCAUUUAUGAUUCCAGUAAAAGUAUCGAGUAUUAGUAUUAGUAAAUGUAAACUAUUUUUUGUUGUUGUAAUGGGUCGACAAUGUGAUCUGUGCAAAACAAAGCGAGUGAAAAGAAAACCUUUAACGUUCAAGUAGAGGAUAAAUUGUAGUUUAUGAGCCACUGCCUAAAAUUUCAGCUGGUUCUUAUGACAAACAAUUUUACAGCUAAGUGAAAUCACGUUUAUUGUUUACUUCAUGCUAUAUCAAUAGUCAUCCAGCAAUUUGAUUGCUUAUUUUUAUGUAAUAAAAGACAUUUAACGAAAAUUAUCUCAUAUAGAUCGAUGCAACAUUACUUAACGAA